GUCUCCCCACGGCAAUCAGACCUCAUGCCAAUAUGCAACAUUCCAUUCUCGCGAUCUUUCCGAACACGAGUUCUGCACGCAGUGAUCUAGUGUUCUGAUCCGGGUCGUUCUUGCAAAGUUUGCUUCUGUCUUAUGGGUGCCCUCUUCUGGAUGCCAGCUUUCAAAAGCAGCUCUAGUCAUUCCCACCACGACGACGGCCAUGCCUGUAAACUCCUCCCCUGAAACCGGCUAUCAAGCUCCCAAUAAUUCUAUCCUGAGGCUGGCGUUCAAAAUCUUGUGCGUUAUUGCGGUCUCUCGGGAGUCUCUCGACCAUUGGGAAGAUACAAAGAAAAAAGAAUGGAAGGACCAUGUCUCAAUAAUGGUCAAUCGAUUUCAGAACACAAAUAUCACUGCUGGGCUCGUACUCGCAACUGCUACUCUAUUCCUGUCGUCCGUGCCUCCUAUCGAGCAUUUGAUGGCUUAUAACUUCUCAAUCUCGUACAUCUUCGCCAUGGUUUCAUUCGGUGCCGCAUUGCUCAGCGUGAUAUCCGGAUCUGCUGUGCUUGUUAUCUAUGAAACUAGCACCGCUCACAAAGACAUGGAAACCCUCAAACGCAUGCCACGACACCAAGUCAUCGCGCUGCUGCUAUGGUUGGCAUACCCCUCAGUCUGUCUGUCAAUCGCUUCUUGCUGUUUGUUUGUGUCUAUCUUUAUCGCUUGCUUUUGGUCUGGCAAUAGUGCUGUCAACACCAUCACCACCUUGGCUUGUUUGGCCUUCCUUUCAAACGGAGGCCUUACGCUCUACGUUUUCAGCGUUGUGGGCGAAAAGUAACUUUGUAGCACUCUUGUUGGAUUCGCCAGUCUAAUUAUACUUUACAGGCGGGUCGAUGAUCAAAAAAACCUCACCCACACAAGCAUCAUGCCAGUAUAGGUGCAUGUCUUCGGCUCUGACAGGGAUGACUGGGCAUGAUAAUUGUUAUAGACCACUCAGGGUUUGGAUGCUUCGGGUUGUACGUAUCGGUCCGUGGAGUAGCAGCAUCGCUUUCUAUAUGCCACACCACCUCCUGAUCGCCCAUGCG